GAGACUAGUAUGUCAAAUUGCUAGCUAGAGUUGUUUAGCAGCUGUUAACGUUUUCUAGCUGGUUAACGUGACAUUACCUGUAAGCGACUAACGGUCGGAUAUUAUCAGUUGACGUUACAUGAUGAUGAAACUGACUGUUCUCACGUUUUCAGAUGAGAUGGCUAACAAGCGUAGCAUUUACGUUAGCCGAAACUUUAUCUACCUUGUCUGCGAACUAACGUCACUCUACCUGACCUCUAAAUAGAAUAAAGGCUUCACAAAUCUGAAACUGUUUUAAGAGUCUCUGGCUUCUCUAGUCCUGAUUUUGAAGUAUAGUGGUUUGUGAUCUGGACCUGGUCCAAUGUGGUCUAGAUUAAACUCAGCGAACAUGCAUGCUAUUAAAAGGACAACAUUUCACCAGCUUCUUUGAGAUAAAGAGCUGCCCCACUCAUCUCCGCUGAUCUGACACUCCAUCAUCACAUCUACUGACCCGCUGAUCUGCCAGCAUGGCUAACACAGAAUCUGUCAAUGUCCGGGUCCUCUCUCUGAACUGCUGGGGAAUCCGCUACCUUAGCAAACACUGUCCGCAGCGCUAUGCCAUGAUCGGAGAUAUGUUGUGCAAGGAAGAGCAUGAUAUUGUCUUACUGCAGGAGGUGUGGAGUGAGAAGGACUAUCUGUCUAUGAAAAAGAAACUUGCCUGUAGUCAUCCUCACUCUCAUUACUUCAAAAGUGGAGUCAUCGGCAGUGGACUGGCCAUUUUCUCCAAACACAGGAUCCACGAUACGUUUCUUUUUCGCUACUCACUGAAUGGUUAUCCUUACAUGGCUCACCAUGGAGACUGGUUUGGAGGUAAAGCUGUUGGGAUGGCUGUCCUAAACAUUGGCAGCCUUACCGCAAACGUCUAUGUGACUCAUCUACAUGCUGAGUACUGCAGAGACAAGGACUCGUAUCUACCUCACAGAGUGGUUCAGGCCUGGGAGCUGCAGCAGUUCAUCCGCCACACCUCAGCUGGAGCAGAUAUGGUGAUUCUAGGUGGCGACCUCAACAUGCACCCUCAGGACCUCGGCAACAGACUACUGAGGUCUUACACUGGACUCCAAGACUCUUAUUUAGAGACUGCUAAGUUUGAUGGAUGUGAGGAUGGUAUGACUCUAAUAGCUGACAACCCUUUUAUCAAUAAAAAGGAGCUUUGUCCCUUUGAGAAGGGAAUUAGAAUCGACUACAUCCUGUUUAAGGGUUCUCCCAAAACGGACGUUUAUUGUGAUUUCAUGUCCACCACCAAAGGCUCCGUCCCGGACCAUCCUUUCCCGUACUCAGACCAUGAGGCUCUGACUGCCGGACUGAGGCUGGAGACAAACACUCGAGCUGAGAUCGGAAGUGACAGACAACCAAAGAUUCUGGACUCUGCUGCAGGGAAGGUGGCUGAGUUGGUCGACAUUGUGACAGAGGCGCGCACUGAAGUCAAAGUGGGCUUGCACUGUGCCGAGAGGAUGCGCUACACAGCAACGCGCACCGGAGUGAUGGGGUUGGCUCUGCUGUUUCUGGAGUUGGCCAUCGCUGCGGUGCCCUGGUUGGCCCUGGGAGCAGAACAACCUUUCCCUCGUACAUCCUUCUACCUGCUGGCUGCAUUGUGCUUCGCCAUCCUGCUGACCACCUUUCUGCUGUACAUCUUCUAUACCAUGGAGCUGAAAGCUCUUCAGGGGGCUGAAGACCAGAUGAGGCUGGCUGUAGGAAGUCUGCAAGAGAAGCUCAGGGGCUUUCCUGUGGCUCAGCCCCACAACGCCCAGCGGAGGCCCCCAGAGGGUCAUGAGCCCGGUGCAUUGGCUACAGAGAAAUAAUAGAGGAGCUAACUGGGUCCAAGUGGGCUCAUGGAGAGGAGCCUUUGAAGUGAGCUCUAAGAUGAAUGUUAAAGGAAGUCCUUUAUCCUCUGAUUGUGUUUAAUGCUCUCGAGAUUUAGAUUUGUACUGCAGAAUGAAGUAGUUUUUGAAGGACAUUUCUGAAAGUAGUGCAGGACACAUGCUUCGACCUUUUUUUAUACUUUUUAUAUACUCGUCUUUUAGGCUUUUCCACCCCUAGAUUUCCUCUCGAUGCACCUCAACAAACACGCUUCCUGUUAUAUAGUAUGAUGCUUCUGUGCUACUGCUGUUCCUAAAAGUCAUAAAUGUGACCAUUUGUGUUUCUUAAGCCUCAGAUCCGACUUGCAUUCCAUCCACCAGUAGUUUCAGCGGGACCAGUUGUUUCUGUUUUUGUUUUCAUGCUUCCCUUCUGUGAUUUGGACACUAUCAUAGUGGGUCCAGACCGUUAGCUGAUUUACUUACAGAAAGAAGCACUGUGCUCUCCGCUGCACAGAGGACACAGACACUCCGUAUGUAGAAGGUUUGCCUUUAGGUCAUUAACUUUUUCUCUGCAGGACAGAUUGUUGAGAGCUUCCAGUAGCACUUACAAACAUGGAGCCUCAUGCAGUUAAGACUUUUCAGUGUAGUAUUGUAGGAAAAGGGACAAAUUCUAUCUGCAUGUCUCAUGUUCACUGUCUUGCACUGGAAAGUAUCUUUGUUAGAGACAAUCUACACUAUUCUGUCCCAAAGUAUAGCAGAGGGAAUGUGUGUGGGUGUGUAUAUAUGUAUGUGUGUAUAUAUUAUAUAUU